AUGGAGGAUCAGAUUUCAAGAUGGCGCCAGCGGCUUCGCGUCUGCGGCCUCCACAAGGCUCCUCUGGGAGCUGUAGUCCGGUCAGCGGGCUUCCGGCUCUGCGCAUGCGAGGUAGCCAGCGCGACCCUCGCCCCAAAUCCGGUUGCACACCUGGCUCACGGCGAGUGCGGAGCAGAAAGCACUACUGGCGCGGGCCACAGCCAGCCGCUUUCAUCUGCUAAGACCUCACCUGAAAGGCGCACCAGUGCCCUCAAGGAUCCUCCCGCCUCUGCAGGAUGUCGAGGCUCCUCCUCGCGGGGAGGAGAAAGCCGAAUCCCCUCCCUGCAUUCUCGGACAGUGCCACGUCCUCCGGCUGCCAGCGGGGCAGCGCCGCUAGGUAUGUGAGCUUCAAAGUUGGAAGAAAUUAAGCAACAUGCUUUGGAAUCUAUGGUGAUCUAUAGAAAGGCAAAGUUUCUGGACUCACCCUGACUGAUGGAAAGACAGACUGCCUGCCAGGACACUACUCUGCUGUACCCAGUCUUAAGUAUAAUAAAGAUCUCAUUUUUUACUGUCAAUGCAAGCCACAUUUUCCUAUUAGGAAAAUGUGAAUGAAACAAAGUGCUCUUCAAGAGCAAACCCUGAAUUAUACUUCGGGUUAUUCUCUGCUCCUCAAAAGGAUUUUGCAUCUAACUGAUAGUCUCCAAAUUGUAAUGACAGUAUAUAGAUAGCUUGGUGUAGACAUACAGGUCAAUACAAAUGGAGAAAAGGCAAUUUGCCAUUGAAGAAUAUGUUUGCUUUAAGUAAAGAUCAAUAUACUAAGAAAGCUAUACAUAUCUAGACUUCCAAAAACAGAUGGGAAUAAACCACUCAGCAAUCAGAAUAUUUGAAGAUGGCACUCUGUUCACUUCCAGAGAAAAUAGUUCAAAACUGUAUCUCAAAGUGGAUAUAAGCUAUUGUACUAGAAUUAGUCCCUGUAUGAGCAUUUGGCAUUAUAAAAUAAGAUGUUCCCAAUGAAAAGAUCACUGGUAUGUAAAUAAUAAAACUUGAAAAUAAAAAUUUAAAAAUAAAACAAAAAUUACGUGAUAAUAAA